AUGGACAACUAUACAGCAUCUAAAGUGUUUCAGAUUGUGCCAUUUUUCUUUAAAACAGAAUAUAAACUAUACAUUUUUGUUUUUUUACUUUCAAUAUAUUUCACAUGCCUGUUAAUAAAUAUAAUUAUCAUCACAGUGAUAUAUAUUGAUGACCAUUUACACUCCCCCAUGUAUCUGUUUCUCUGCAAUUUAUCCAUUGUAGAUAUUUGUUUUACAACCGUCACUGUUCCCAAACUUCUACACAUGUUACUUACUGACAAUAAUACAAUAUCAUUUACUCAAUGCUUUACUCAGUUCUGUUUUUACGUAUUAUUUGGCACCAGUGAAGACAUUAUUUUAUUCAUGAUGGCCUAUGACCGAUAUGUUGCUAUCUGUAAGCCAUUACACUAUCAUCAAAUUUUAGGGAGAAAAAACUGUUUGAUGCUCAUUGUAGGCACCUGGGUCUCCGCUUGUACUAAUUCUUUAUUACUGACAAAGACAGCGUCAGCUAUGUCGUUUUGCAGUUCAAAAAUAAUUCAUCAGCUUUUCUGUGAUGUGAAAGCUCUGGCUAAGAUUUCAUGUGCCGGGACUGAAAUGUUCUUCAUGUUGCUUUACCUGGAGAUGUUGAUGUUAGGCUUUGUUCCAUUUUUGUGCACUUUGAUGUCUUAUGUGAAAAUAAUUGCCAUCAUCCUAAAUAUUAAUUCAAGAGAUGGAAGGAGGAAAGUCUUCUCCACCUGCUCAUCCCACCUCAUCGUAAUCCUCCUCUACUAUGCAAACGCAGCAUCAGUGAUACUAAUUCCACAAUCUCAGUACUCAGAGGUCCUGGAACAAAUCUGCACUGUGCUAUACACAGCAGUGACACCCAUGUUAAACCCUCUGAUUUACACCAUACGUAAUAAAGAAGUCAUAAGAGCCCUGAUGAGAUUGGUGAAGGACAAGAUAACUCUGAAGCCUUAAAAAUAUUUUAAAUAUAAUAUUACAAAAAUUAAAUUUGUAAAAAAAAAAAC